GUCGUCACAUGCUCGCCGUAUUUUCUGGGAGGUUAACAUUGACCUUUUCGGUGCUCCGUAGUGCUUCCUCCUCUCUACCUGUUUAGUGGUCAAAGAUGGCUGAAGCUCCCCUAUGGCCCAGCCGGUUCUUCUGUCACAGAUGCUCCGCAGAGAUUAGUCCUCGGAUUCCCGAGUACACGUGUCCAAGAUGUGAGUCAGGGUUUAUUGAGGAACUGCUGGAGGAGAGAAGUGCUGACAAUGGCUCCACGUCUAGCAUCUCCAGCGGGCCCCAGAACCAGCAACCAUUUGAGAAUGCGGACCAGCACUUGUUUACAUUCCCCUCGGGAUAUGGUCAGUUUGCCCUCGGUGUCUUUGACGACCGCUUCAACUUCGGGUCUGGACUGGGAACAGAGGAUAACAGGGAUGCCGAAAACAGGCGAGAAAGGGAAACGGCAUCACGGCAACGAUAUGGUGCCAGGCAACCGAGAAGUCGUCAUGGUUCAAGGCGACAAGCAGGGACUGAGGGAGUUCCCACUUUAGAAGGAAUCAUUCAGCAGCUAGUGAAUGGAAUAAUUGCGCCCACUGCAAUGCCAAAUAUCGGUGUUGGACCCUGGGGUGUUCUGCACUCAAGUCCUAUGGAUUAUGCCUGGGGCGCUAAUGGACUAGAUGCGAUUAUAACUCAGUUACUAAACCAGUUUGAGAACACGGGACCUCCACCUGCUGAUGGGGAUAAAAUAAAAACUCUUCCUACAGUACAAAUUACAGCUGAGCAUGUUGCUUCAGGACUGGAAUGUCCAGUGUGUAAAGAAGAUUACACUGUUGGAGAAAAUGUGAGGCAGCUCCCAUGCAAUCACAUGUUCCACAAUGACUGCAUCGUACCCUGGCUGGAGCAGCAUGACACUUGUCCAGUGUGCAGGAAAAGCUUGAGUGGGCAGAACACGGCAACAAACCCUCCAGAACUUUCAGGGAUGAACUUUACCUCCUCCCCUUCCUCCUCCUCGUCCUCUUCAUCUUCCUCUACCCCUCAGUCCUCAAGUUCGACCAGCAAUGAGAACUCCACUGAUAACUCUUAGAGAAUCACUUGUCUUUAUAACCCUAUGAGCUGUUUAUAGCUCCUAGGCUGCUGUACUUCAGAGCAGUGACCUCUAGUCUCUCCCUGCUGUAGGGUAGAGACCUGAGUGCAUCUGGCCAGGAGCACUCAAGCCUGAUUCAGGGGUAAGUGACGCGUGAGGUCCAUGUAUUUCUGCCCGUCCUGUUGCUCCCACCUUCAUCAGGGAACUAAACAAAGGAAGGGCGGAGGCCUGGAGUGCAGCUUCUGUCAGGGAGGAUAUGGAGAUCUGCCUGAAUCACCUCAUACAGGAAGAGAAAACAAAGGAAUCCAAAGGUAGAAGACUCGGGAAAACCAGACAGUCGCUGUUCAUUUUUAUUAUGUUUUUUUUUAUUUUAUUUUUUUUUACUUUUCUUUUUUUAAACCCCAGACCCACUUUAGCCAUGAAGCAAAAAGAAAAGUGCAGUUCUUCAUUUUUAUAAGUACCAUUCAUAUCUCUCAGAUAAUAUUACCCAAGGGGCACUGUAGUGCACUUUAAAAAUGUGCACAUAGGUUUAUUCAUGGUUUAGAAUGAUACUACAUAUGAUUUCUCUUCUUCUCCAAACAAAGUUCCAAAAGUUUAUAAAAUGAAUUUACUGUAGAGAUUCUCUUCCACAUUACAUGACACCACACAGGUACCAUUGUUUGCACUUGAAAUAAUGCAUCAAAUUGCAGUAAUUUUGUGCUGUUUGGAUAAUGAUGUGGAUACUCCUUACUAAAUUACACGCACAGAUGUUAUGUGCAAGUCUAAAACGCUUAGAAAUAUUUUAGUGCAUUUUAACUUAAAGGUAAAUUAAAUGUUUCCUAAAGUUUCAGGUUGAAAAACUAUUGAUUUGCAGUAUGAUCGUGUCAAAAUAAAAGAAGUGAUAUGAAAAUAAAGCUUUUGGGUGCUACCACUCAAAAUUCCUUUAAAGCAUUCUUGGUGUGUAUGUGUAUGUACAGUAUAUAGGAUAUUCUUUAAAGGUCUAAUCAGGAUCAAAGGUAGUCAUACAAAUGGAUUUAAAGACGUCCAUGUUAAAACUUAGCUUGUUUCAAGAACUGCCCGUAACUACCAACCAAUGUUUUUUAGGUGUAUGCACUAAUUGUGUAGUGCUGUGCUUAGACACUAGAUGGUAUUGUAGUAAAAAGACAGUUAGUCACUUGUUUUUCCUAAUGCCAAAUAAAGAAAACAGUAAAAUGGUAAACACAUUGGCAAACAUGAGCAGUUCUGGUCUGUUCAGUUGAAGUUAUUUGUCCCUUUAAUGACAUCUUGCAGGCUCUUAGAACAACCAAACAUCAACCAGAAAACAAUAACACCAUAAGCAAGCACUGCUCCAAGUGAUUUCUAUGCAUACUAGUUUUUGAGAUUGUUUUGUACUUGCAAAGUAAGGAAUGCAGAUAUUAAACAAGAGUCUCUAUUAAAUAUUUCAAUGGGGUACUUGUACUUGCCUAUUAAAUGCUUUCAAAGGGCCAAU